AUGAUGUCAUUCAAAAUAACAUUUACAUUGGUUUAGGUCACAAUCCCUUUCUUUUUACAUGACAUUUACUAAAGGGAUUUGAUAUAGUAAUACAAAUCAUUAACUUGUACAAUGCUUUGCGGUACAGAAGAUAUUCACAAAUAAAUGUAAUCAUAGGCUGUCAGCGUUAACCUCAACAGAAGUUUUAUUGGACGUGUAUAUGAUUCUUGAGUUUUCCUAUUAUAAAUAAUGGCACUAAGAGAUCUGGUGGAAGGAGAGUGUGGGGGUGCCAACUCCUUGGUGCGUCUCACAUCACACAUUGUGCAAGACCGAGGACUUAAGGAUGAAGGAUUGAGACACACCUUUCCUCAUGGAGAAGGUUUCUCAAGUUCUAAUGCUGAUCAGCUGGUACAGCAGUUUUUUGAGGAGACUCUUGGCCAAGCUACACCCACUUUUCGGAUGGACAGUUUGCUGGCUGAGAUGCGGGACUUGGAGCGAGGACUUGGUACUGGACCACCGAUCCCAUCGACUCCGAUAGCUCAGUUGGCAGCUGAACAGGAUGUCAGCUGUUGGGCUGAGCAGUACUUAGACUCCGGCAAACACUUUCAGGAAUCAAAUCAAGAUUCUAUAUGGAGUACACCACAACCAGGGGCUCCACCUCCUACUAAGGACACUUUUGAGCUAGGUUUUGGCCCUAACUGGGCUAAGGAGUAUCUGCAGUCUACCUCUGAACAACUCCACUUAGAUGAGCCAGAAGUAAAUCUCACUGAACUAGGAGCGUCAGAGGAGUACUUGGCAGAAAACACAAAGGAUGACAGUGAACUUAAGGCGACUGCAAACGAAAUAUUGAGGACUACUUCUGAAGAUCCAAAAUUUAAUUAUUCAAAGUUUAUGAAGUUUAUGCGCCAAAUAGGAGAAGGUGAAGUAGUCAUUGAAGACAGAGAAGUGCAUGACUUUUCUGAUGACUUCGCCAGUUCUUGGCUUCAGGAGCUGGAAGACUACAAACAAGAAAUUUUUGAUGAGAAGUGGAAAGAAGCCAGUGAUACAAUAGACAGAAGUAUUGGAGCAGGUGACAUACGGAAUGAUGUUUCAAAUCUGAGAAAUGUUUCAUUAACAAAAGAAAAUGAAGACAGUUCUUUUAGUUUACAUCCUUGGACUCAAGAUUAUACGGAAUAUAUAGAUUUUGCCUCCAAUUUGAAUAAGUAUAAGUUUUCGGAAGAAAACCCGAUGACCGAUCUGCCAGAUGCUGUGGCCGAGGGGCAGAAGCGACUGGCAGCUGGUGAUAUCCCUAGCGCUGUCUUGUGUUUUGAGGCGGCAGUGAAAACCGACCCAAGCAACCAACUAGCGUGGCAGCUGUUAGGUGUUACCCAGGCAGAAAACGAACAGGACCCUCAAGCAAUUGCUGCUUUCAAACAGUGUCUGGAGCUGGAUCCAAACAAUUUGACUGCCUUGAUGGGAUUGGCUGUUAGUUACACAAAUGAAAACUUUGAUCAUCAUGCUUGUCGAGCACUGAAGGACUGGCUGCGAGUAAAUCCGAAAUACUCAGAUCUGGUCCCACAAGAUGAUACAUUAAAACUCGGAGGACAGUCUAUGUUAACGACAAUGUAAGUACUCUACUUUCAACUAACCUAAC